AAAGUAGCAUAGAUUUUUCCAACGUCGUGUGAUGAUCAUUUGGUAGGAUUAACCUGUCACUCAUGACGACCGUCUCCGGUUGGAAUGAGACUCGUUUGUAUGUUAUAUGUGUAUGACAGGAUAGAGUUUAUUUAUAGGAUUAAAAAUAAAAUGAAAUGUUUAAUUGAAAACUCAACUUAAACUCAACAGAACACAGGCAGAGCAGGAAUGUAAAGGUCUUUAGAAACUGCCUUUAAAUGAGCGUUAAAUCAACCAUUUCUGGAUCCACUGGUUGUGUAAACAAGUGCAUCAUAUCAACCUGAAAGGUGUCAGUGCCCCCGAGGGUACCCCUCAAGGUACCCCCCGAGGUACCCCCCAGCUCCAUCCUCGUCAGACCCCACACCGAGGACAUGCAGCUGAGACCCUGUUUGUAUACUGUGAGCUAGAAUCUUGCUAAUAAUUGUAGAUAAUUCUUUAUUUUUGUAAUCUUCAUGUGUACAGAUGCAUUGAUCUGAAAAUAUAAACUAUGACUCUUGGGCAACAGCAGUCUUUGUGUGUGAAGGUUCUGAUGCGGCUGAAUUACGACAUUUCUUUUGUUAAAUCCGCAUUCGAUUCACUGCAUGCUGUGAUGCAACAUGUUGUCGGUAGAAUAAGUCUAACCCUAAGUAUAACCCUCCUCCCUCUCCAACACCGGCUGUUCGAUCCCACGCCUCUCUGUAAAUGAUUCAACCCGAUACGAGCGGUGUGUCUCCGGGUCGGGUUGGGAGGCUAUAAGAGCUUCCAGCCCGAACCCCCCUCGGCGCUUGUUGGCUGACUCACUGCUGUCAACAUGGCGAGUCUCUUCACCGCGGUGGCCGCGGUGGCGCUGUUGUCCGGUGGGCUGAGUGAGCAGAAGGUGUUCCUGCAGCGAGCCGGCCGGGCCUUCAGCACCAGAGAGCACCAGUCUCUGCUCACCGUGAGCAACGGAGAGCGCUUUGGGAACUGGACCUGGCCCGAGAUGUGUCCCCACAAGUUCUAAGCUGUUGGCUUCAGUCUCAGGGUGGAGCCAAACCAGUACGGGGCGGACGACACGGCUCUGAACGGGAUCCGCCUCAUCUGCGCCCAGGAUGACAACCGGAGCUUCCUGUACUCGGUUGAGUCCCACACGGGCUACUUCGGGGACUGGUCCCAGCCCCAGUACUGCCCCAGUGGCGUGCUCGCCUCCUUCCAGCUCCGCGUGGAGCCCCAUCAGGGUCUGUUUGGCGACGACACGGCCGUCAACAACAUCAAGUUCCGCUGCAGCAGCAACCCGACGCUGGAGGGGCCCGGCACGGACUGGGGGGAGUACGGCCUCUGGAGCCAGGAGUGUCGCAACGGAGGGAUCUGUGGCAUCGAGACCAAGGUGGAGGAAUACCAGUACGGCCUGGACGACUCCAGCCUCAACGACGUGCGCUUCCAUUGCUGUGCCAAGCCCCAGCAGGGCAACAUCGAUCCGGUGUGAUCAGUUUGAUUCAGUCCGUCUCCAGCGCCCUCGAAGAUGACAUGUAAUAAAAUGCUGGUUGCAAACUG